GUUUCCCUGCAGCCUCCAUCGCAGCUGCAGCUCCGUUCUCCGCUCGGUUACACCGACUUCCACGUAUUUAACGCGCACGUGACCGACCCGUGGGCGCGCGCGCGCGACGUGCGACCCGUGCACGUGAAAGCGCGCGACAGUUUUUCUUUUCGGAACAUUCCUCCUCGACAUCCACCGUAAGUAGGUACACGGUGUCUCACAUUUGGCGUCCGACAUUUCCGCGCGCGUUUCCGCCGCGCCGCGGGACCGACACGUGCGCGUGCACCUGCGGCACCGUCUACCCUCGCGACAGCUGUUGCGGCCAUUUUUACCCGCGCCUGGCCUACGGGACUCCAGGACUAACAUCUUUCUUCCGCGAACGUCAAACGGUGUUGUUUCGUGUUUGGUGAAUUAAAUAUUCAGUGGUUCGCUUAGAUCGGAGUGUUUCGGUUGUUUGAUCGGGUUUGAUGGCGUUGGUGUGACUUUAAUCAAUAAUAUGCUGGCUAAGGUGGACGCCUAUACCUUCUGGAACGAGGAUGACAAUGUUCGACUUUCGCUGUUGCUCUGUUUUUAGGGAACGUUGUUUUGGGUUAUCUUGUAGAUAUUUUAUGUGUGCUUCGUAGUAUUUGUGAUUUGGAUAGAGUGAUGGGAUUGGAGAACGUACGGUUACACGGACUUUGAACUUUCGUUGGAGAGCUGUUGAAAAUGAAUGAUUCAUGUAGGAUUGUGGAAAUUCGGACUGAAUUGGGAAGGUUUUAAUAUUUUGUAAUUGUAUUGUUUCGAGAUCUUUGUGAGACAAUGACGUUUAGACGAAUGUGUGAGCGACCCCGUAAGAACCGAUUUCCUUGGGAUGAUGUAUACGACGUGGUCGUGCGGUUGCCCCCGGUGAAACUUGUCGCGGUAUGCAAACCACGAGGCUGUUUUUGCAGUCGGCGUAGCUGACUCGCGCGUAACACAAUUCCUCGAUCGUGAUCGAGCCGUGAUAUCGAUCGUUUACCUGGCCGAUCUCUGUCGUGCGUCUACUCCGGAUCAGCGCAUCAACAUGCGUGACAGAAAUCUGCGGGGAUUCCGGGCGUUAACGACGAAAACGUGAGGGAUGAUACAAUCGCAGCCAUGCCCGCGAAGAAUUUGGAGGCGGUUGACAUUUUGGAAGCCCUCGAAUCGAAUCUCGCAUACAUUCCAGGGGGACGGGACCGCGAGGGAAGACCUUUGAUCGUCGUCAACGUACCAUCGGAGCUGCAGCCCACUACGAAACCCAGAUUGGAGUCGCUUCUAACGUAUUUCUUGUCGAUCUUUAGCGAGGAGACGAAGGGAAAUGGGUUAGUCCUGGUCGUGGACGCACGGAAGGGCGCGUGGCGUGUAGCGAGGUCUUGCAUAAGGCUGUCAAUGGUUCUUCUUGAAUCGUACUCGACUUCUGUGAUCGUUGUGCGACCAGAAGGUUUCUGGGACAAGCGCGUGGACAGCUGCACCAGAUCUCAUAAGGAAGGAGAGCCGACAUACCUUAUCCUGACCAGGCUGCCUCUUCACAUUGACUUCGCGCAGUUACCGUACGAGUUAGGCGGCAACAAAUCGUACGAUCAUACAGAGUGGAUUCAGAAUCGCGUGAAAGUGGAGGAUUGCAUCAAGGACGCCACAGAUCUCGUGUCAAAGAUGACGGACCUGCACCAAAGAAUGAGCAGCCUGGACGCAUUUCGCAUGUCGGAGUCAAACGACGACAUAGAAACCUAUUGGGAGACGAGCACUGAAUUGACAUCUAUAGCAAGAUACGUUCUACAGACAGGCAGAUCCUUGGUGAAUGGAAUGAGCAGGGUGUCCUCGAAGGAUGUCUUGGACACAACGAAACGAAUCCACGAGCUUAUCGAUUCAAUCGAAUUGAAGAAGGUGGACAUCGAAAAUUCCUGGUCCGAAAUGGAAAGAAACCUGGACACCGCUAGAGUGAUCGGCGAUCUCGAGAAGGGUGUGUCCCGUGUCACCGACUGGAUCCUUGGACCAGCUGACGCAAUGUUGAAUUCCUGUUGCCAGGUUGGAUUCGACGUUUCGUCCUCGGAAGAGCUUCGAAGGCGGCACGAGGAAUUGGAGCUCGAGUGCAGGGAAACUUACGGUCGAUACGCGGAAUUACUUCACAAAAUCGACAGUUUACCGAGCACACGACUGUCCGAGGAUCUGAAAUCUCAGAGGGACUUUAUGGACUUUGUGUGUCGAAGCUUUGCAACCAGGCUCGAAAGGCGAAGGAACGUGUUAAUUACUUCGCAAAGAUUCUUCAGACUCGUUUCCGAGUACUUCGACAAAACCAGUGAAGUAUUCGAUAGACUGGUGAUGGGCAACAGAACCCACGACUUUUCUCAGGCGGCUGCGAAUUUAUUGAAGCUGGAGCAGAGUCAAGCGAGUCUUGAAACUCUAGAAUGCGAGUUAGUGAAAGAAGGAGAAAAAUUAUCGGACAUACUGUCGAUGCCCGUGAAGGAUGCGUUGGGUCGAGACGUACGCGUCGAUUACGGCGAAGAUAUUGUGAACGUCAGAGACAUCCUAGACGCAACGAACGCCAGGAAAAAUAUCUUCAACGACAGCGUCGAAUUGCAGAAAUUGUCUUUGAAGCAAAUCGCGUUGAUAUACACUUACGAAACUGAUACGGAACAGGCUGUUGAAUGGCUGAACGAUUUGUACAAUGUUCUCUUGAAGAAUCAUAUGGAGAUCGGUUGUAACACAAUCGAAAUACAGAAGCAGAAAGAAGAACAUCAGUCAUUCCAAGAAACUGCGAAGGGGACCUAUGAUUACGGUUGUCAAUUGGUGAACGGUGCUAGAGUAUUGAGAUUAUCCUGCAGACUGCCUUUGGACAGCAAUAUGAACCUUUUUCUGAAACUACGUCAAGCUUGGAAGCAGCUUCGAUCCGUUGGACAAGAACAAUUAACGAGGCUGAGAGUUUGCGCUGUUUUCCAUAGGAGCGUCGAAGAUCACUGUUCGAAGUUACGCGACCUGAUCGAGGCAGUGGGAUGCCUGCGUCGAUCGCUGAAGACUGAUGAUUUGUCUGCGGAAUCGCGGGACAGGGCGGAGAUAAGGGACAUCCUGGGCGAUCGGGAGAAGCUUCUGCUCGAAGUCGGCCGAAUGGUGCGGCUGGGUCGGCUCUUGAGGACCAGACUUAAGGAGCCCUUGUGCCAUCAACGGCAAGUACGCCAGUGAUCGUAAUUUCGUUUCGAAAAUCUCGAAAAUCUGCUUUGAGAAAUGGUCCUCGAUCGGAACUAAUAUAGUCGAUUAUAACUCGGUCGAUCGAUUAAGAAUAUAAUCGACUAAUUCGGUCGAUCGAUUAAGAAUAUAAUCGACUAAUUCGGUCGAUCGAUUAAGAAUAUAAUCGAUUAAUUGGAUCGAUCGAUCAGGACUAAUGUAAUCGACCAAUUGGAUCGAUCGAUUAGGACUAAUUUAACAAACUGACAUUUGAUCGAUCCACCUUGGAGUGUCAGUUUCAAUUAACACAACGCGAAAUGUUUAACUAAAUGUUUAAUUUUUCAACCGAGUCCAGAUGUUUGGCAUCGUUUUGAGCUUCCGAGCUUUCCGAAUCGACGCCAUGUGUCCUUGGAUCUUCCUCGUCUAACGUACAGGGUGCUUCGAUUUUUUUUACCGUCACACAGUCUCAACACGCUUCGCGAUUGAAAAUAAGAAAUAGAUGUUACGCGAUUGUGUUAUUAAGUAGUGAAAUACGAAAUUAUAAAGGGUUGAUUUUUUGUUUAAUGCCGCAUGGAAACGUCAUAUUCAGUUGCGUUUACCAAAAAUUAGAGCUCGCUGUAACUAUUUAUGAAUAUAGAGCAUGAGAUUGAUUUUUAUUUCUAGUAAAUGAUUGACAAUAAAGUAGUCCUGACAUUCAUAGUUGUGAAUGAAAUCAUGGGGUAACUGAUUAAAUUAGAAUAAACAGUAUUACACACAAAAUUGAUCUAUUUUACACCUAAUAAAUUAUUAUUAACAAAAUAGUCCUAAUAGUCGCAAUUACAAAACGAAUCAUAAGACAAGUGUUCAACUUAGAAUACAAAAUAUUACAUACAAAAUUCAUCUAUUUUAUUCCCAAUAAAUUAUUAACAACAAAACAUUUUUGACAUUCCUAAUUAUAAAAGGUAUCGUAAAGCAACUGACUAGCUCAAAGCAAAGGACAUCAUAUACAAAAUAAAAAUCGAGUUAACACCUGAUCCAUUCUCAAGACCUAGUCACAGAAUAGACUGACACUGUUCGCCGGUGAAAUACCGGAACACCCCAUGCAUCUGUCAAUGCAAUCGGGUUAAAGCAAUAAAACGUGCGUGUAACUCGGUCGUGGCGUUUCUGGUCC